AUGGAAGGAAAUAUGUCACACGUCGCUAUUCCACUCUUUGAUGGUGAAAGCUAUGAUCUAUGGGCGGUAAGGAUGCAAACAUAUCUAGAGGGGCUAGAUCUAUGGGAAGUUGUGGAGGAAGAUGAUGUUCCCUUAUCUGAAAAUCCCACCAUGGCUCAAAUGAAAGCGCAUAAAGAAAAGAAAACGAGAAAGGCAAAGGCAAAAUCAUGCUUGUUCGCAGGUGUUUCACAAAUGAUUAUGACCAGGAUCAUGACUCUAAAGUCUCCCAAAGAAAUUUGGGAAUACUUGAAAGCAGAAUAUGAAGGGAACGAGAAGAUUCGAGUGCUGGAAAGAUAUGAGGCAUCUAUUGCUUCCUUAGAAAAUACAAAAGAUUUGUCUACAAUCACCUUUACAGAGGUGAUACAUGCCUUGCAAGCACAAGAACAACGAAGAUUGAUGAGAGAAGAUCAUGAGGCGGUUGAAGGUAAUUUAAAUUACACGGAAGAUAAUGCUCUCAUAGUCAAGAAAAAUAGAAGGAGCAAAUACAACAACACACAAGUUUUUCCAUCUUGUCCCCAUUGCAAGAGAAAAGGUCAUCAACCCAAUUGGUGUUGGUGGAGGCCAGAUGUCAAAUGUCACAAAUGCGGUCAAUUGGGACAUGUGGAAAAGGUAUGCAAAUCUAAAGAUUCUGAAGAAGAUGUUCAAAUUGUGGAGAAUAAAUCAGAUGAGGAUAAAUCAGAGGAAGAUCUACUUUUUACAACAUCAUGUGUCACAACCAACCAAUCUUCAAAAGAUUGGAUUAUAGAUAGUGGUUGUACAAACCAUAUGACUCAUGAUAGAGAAAUUUUCAAGGAGCUGAAUAAAUCAAAUAUUUCCAAGUAUGCCUCGCAGCUCUUGGACCUUCUUGUCCAUAAUCUGUACAGGCAUUGUAUCAAAUGUAAGGUUGGAAAGGAACGAGAGUAA